GAUAUUUCAAAAAACUUCAAUAAAAAAAAACACUUGUCAUCAUAAUUGAAUAUAAAAUGCCACGGAAACGUCGAGCUUCAACACCAGCUUCGUUGGAAUGUGUCGACGAAGAUGAAUUCACCUCUGAAGAAAAAUUUAGCAAAGAAGAUUUGGAUAAUCGUGCACCAAGAAAUGCCGCUAAUGCUCGUGAACGUGCAAGAAUGCGUGUGUUAUCAAAAGCAUUUGUUAGAUUGAAGAGUCGAUUACCUUGGGUACCUUUUGAUACGAAACUAAGUAAAUUGGAUACUCUACGUCUUGCUGCAACAUACAUCGCUCAUCUUCGUGCCAUUCUUAGAGAUGAGGGAGAUCCUCAUCCAGAAACAACGAGAUCGUUAUCUUUGACUUUGUCAUGGCCAUUUGCUAUCCAAGGAACAAACACUUCGAUGUUGAUGAACAACAGUUGUAACAUGUCAUCCUCGACUUCUGCCAGUUCUAAUCAGUAUCGGGGACAGCAAGGAAGUAACAACGAUAUUCAAGGCUUUCAUCAUGGUGGACAUCAUCAAAAUACUUCAAUACGCCAUAAUCAUGAAACACAGUUAUCCUAUUUCUAAUCCUUUUGAA